CAUCAACCCACCCAUCCUCCCACCGAACCUUUCCCCUCCCUCUCAGUACAGAGGAAAAGCAAGGGGAAAAAAAAUCUUGCGAGGGAGCAAAGCAGCAAGCAGAACACAGAGGGAGAGAGGGAUCAGCAGCCAGAGAACGAGAAUUAAGACUUUCAGAUUUACAACCGGUGGGGCUUCCAAAGUACCCCAAGGAGAACGGCUUCCCCAUUUUUUUCCUUGCAGUGUGUGUCUCCAAAGAUAACAGUAUAUGCAUGUGUCUUGCCAUGUCCUAUCCUCAGGGCUACUUAUACCAACCAUCUGCUUCUUUGGCUCUAUAUUCCUGCCCUGCAUACAGUACCAGUGUCAUCUCUGGACCCAGGACUGAUGAGCUUGGAAGGUCUUCUUCUGGCUCUGCCUUUUCACCCUAUGCUGGAUCUACAGCUUUCACAGCUAGUUCCACUGGCUUCAACUCUCCCCUACAGUACAGCGGGGAUCCAACUGCUGCAUUUACUUCCUAUGUGGGCUCACCAUAUGACCACAGUUCAAGUAUGGCGGGAUCAUUAGGUUAUCACCCCUAUGCUGCCCCUCUGGGAUCGUAUCCUUAUGGUGACCCAGCAUACAGGAAAAAUGCCACCAGAGAUGCCACCGCCACUUUAAAGGCCUGGCUCAAUGAGCACAGGAAAAACCCUUACCCCACCAAAGGUGAGAAGAUUAUGCUAGCCAUCAUCACCAAGAUGACUCUCACCCAAGUGUCCACCUGGUUUGCCAAUGCAAGGAGGAGGCUUAAAAAGGAGAAUAAAAUGACCUGGACUCCUAGGAACAGGAGUGAGGACGAGGAAGACGAAGAGAACAUCGAUCUGGAGAAAAAUGAUGAAGAUGACCCGCAGAAAUUAGACGAAAAGGGGGAUCCUGAUGGGGACACAGGGAAGAGAACUCCUAGCCUGGAGGAGCCUGAUCGACUAGAAGGCACUGCACUACAUGGAAAAGAAUUAAACCCCAUCAGAAGUGACUCGGAAUUAAAUGAGAUAGAGGACAGAGGUGAUCUCCUGUCCAAAGGCAAUGCCCCAACUCCUCCAUCGCUGUGUCAAACAGUACAGAUCCAGCAGACAACAGAAGAACAUCCUCUACACCAUCAUCUUCUUCAUCACCACCCAACAGUUCAGCAGCUCCAUUCCCAACACCAUCAAGCUCACCCCCUAGACCUAGCUCAUAGGAGUACCCAAAUCCAGAAUGGUACAGUCACGAGCAAUGCCACCUCAGUCAUCCACUCUCCUCCAACUUCCACCUCUAAGCCAAAACUGUGGUCCUUGGCAGAGAUAGCCACCUCUUCGGACAAGAGUAAAGAAAGCAGUUCUCCAGGACCUGGGGCAACUGCAACUCAGUCUAUAGUUGGCAAUACCUCUUCCCCAUCCAGGUCUCCCUCUGCCCCUUGCCACUUCCCAAACAACGCUGUUUUAUCCCGUCCCCUGUACUACAGUACACCUUUUUACCCCGGGUACACGAACUAUGGGUCAUUUGGCCACCUCCACAGUCACCAUGGACCCAGCACAACGCCAUCAGCCAACAGCGUCCCACACUUCAAUGGAUUAACCCAGACUGUCCUAAAUAGAGCUGAGGUCUUGACCAAAGAGUGCAAACUUAGAACCCAAUCUCAAGUAGACCUUAACAAAGACACUACUUAUGAAAUGAAGAAAGGUAUGUCCAGCAUUUAAUUAUGGCUCCUUCUGCAAGCAUUUGGACAAUUUUAAUUUAUUAUUCAUAUAAUGCCUUGACAAUUUAUCAGUUCUGCCACCGAGAAAAUACAGUAGUUCAAAUAUUAUCUGGCCAAUACAAACUUUUUCUUUCCAAAUUUUGACUGGUUUAACACGUCUUAAUCCAAACUACAUGGAAUUACAAGAUUUGUAUUAAUUUGAUUCUGUAUAUUUAAUGUAGCAAUUUUGUAUUUAAAUGGAUCAUCAAUAUCUUUGAAGUAAAUUAUAAAAUCAAGACAGUUGUACAAUGACUUAUGCUGUUUUCGGUAAUAUAAAUAUAUACAUUUCAA